CGCAGGCGCAUCAAUGCGGCUUGUGCCGUGUUAACCGCAGCUCCGACGUCAGUAGCCAUGGAGACGUGGUCCCGGACGGUCGUACUGCUGCUGUUGACCACAGUGGUUACCUGCUCACCACUCAUAAACGAUCUACCACCCGGACAAGAAUGGCCUGCAAAUAAUUCGGUAAAACAACCAUUUGAUGAUGACCCCGAAACGACAACAUUAUUAAUUUUAACAGAGAAGGAAUCGUCUACUCCUAUUGGGGAGCCUUUACCUUUAGAAGUCGACAGUCCUGAUGAAGCUGGUAUUGAUGCUUCAUUGCCUGUACUAAGAAGUACAGGACCUGAAAGUAGAGUAGACUACACAGGUGCACAAGUUUGGAAGGUUUCCACACAGAAUAUUAAUGUUAGGGGCGUUAUUUAUCGAUUGAGAAGACGAAACUUAAUUUCCACGUGGGGUGGGAAUCAAUCUUCGAUUGACAUACUCGUAAAAUCAAAUGCAGUGAAUAAUGUAACGAGGGUUUUCAAACGUGAGAGAAUACCGAUUGAAGUGGUAAUCGAGGAUUUACAACAAAGAAUCAACGAGGAAAACCCUGAGCUCGAUCCAAAUGAAGUGGAACUUCAAAACCGUAGAGGUCACCGUAUGACAUGGAAGCAAUAUCACCGAGUGGAAGACAUUCACGGCUUUAUGGAUUACUUGGCUAAAACAUAUCCCAAAAUUGUCAGCGUUAACACUAUUGGAAAAUCUUAUGAAGGGCGGGAUCUGAAGAUUUUAAGGAUAUCAAAUGGCGAACCAACAAAUAAGGCUAUAUUCAUUGACGGGGGAAUCCACGCCAGGGAAUGGAUCAGUCCCGCGACUGUCACGUAUUUUAUUAACCAAUUCGCUGAAAACUUCGACGUAGAGACUGAUGAUAUCAAAAAUAUUGAUUGGUAUUUCUUGCCUGUUGUAAAUCCUGAUGGUUAUGAAUACACUCAUCAAUCUGACCGUCUUUGGAGAAAGAACAAGAAGCCUAGCAGGACUACUGGACGUACUUGUAUAGGAACAGAUCUAAACAGGAAUUUCGGGUAUCGAUGGGGAGGCAAAGGUUCAUCCGGCAACCCAUGCAGUGACAUCUAUCGUGGCAGUAGCGCUUUCUCUGAACCGGAGUCGAAAGCUCUAUCGGACUUCAUCAAGAGCAGUUCGGCGAACUUUACGGCGUACAUAACAUAUCAUAGCUAUGGCCAGUACCUUCUUUAUCCUUGGGGAUACGACAACGCAGUCCCUCCAGACUAUAAGGACUUGGAUGAAGUCGGUAACAGGAUGGCAUCGGCUAUAAGACAAACCCGAGGCUCAUCCUACCAAGUGGGCUCUUCAAGUGGACUACUUUACCCGGCUUCUGGAGGUUCUGACGAUUGGGCAAAGGGUCAAGGGAUCAAAUAUUCUUUCACCAUAGAACUAAGUGACACUGGUCGCUACGGUUUUGUUCUACCCACAUCUUUUAUUGAGCCAGUAGCAAGAGAAUCAUUGAAUGGACUGCGUGUAUUAGCUUCACAAGUAGCUAAACUAUAAUUUACUUUAGAAUAAGCAGCAUUUAAUAGUUUGUAAGAGAUAUUUAUUAAUUUUAAAAACAUUUACAAUAAAUAGUACUGUAUUUACUGAUAAUUUUAAGAGUUGUACAAUUAAACUGAUUGAAAUAUU